AUGGCUAAAAGGACUCUAGGUUUGGGGAAACAAAACAAAGGCUUGAAAAAGCAGAAAAAGGCAGAAGCUGGCAUUGGCACUGACGCCGCUACUCCAACUCCAGAAACCACACCCGCUGCCAAUCAAAUAACCGUCGAGGUAGAGGAAAAUGUGGAUCCAGAUAAUGAGCUAGUGCAGCUUCGUGGUCUCUGGGACACUUAUUUCAAAUCUGAUAGAAGCGAUGAGCUCGUACUCAACGGGAUCGUACACGAAUGCGACCGUCUUCUUCGUGAAAACGAAACCAGCGAAUCUAGCAGUGAGAAAGAUGGAAAGUCAACGUCGCUGACUCUCACAGACGAAUUCUACGCCAUUUUCGCGUUGGCGUUGAGUGAAUUGACAAUUUUCAAAGCCGGUGAAGAAGAAGAAGGAGAUGCAAACGAACAACAGACUGAAAAAAAUGCUAAGGCCGUAUCGGAAUUCUUCGACGCAGCGCUCGAACGCUGUGUGAGUCAUCUAGAAAAAGAACCAGAAUCGUCUCUUUUGCAGCUAGUGAAAGCCAAGAUUACGCUGCAGAGAAUCCCGCUCCAGUAUAUUUCCAAACUGACCGUUACAGACAAAAAUGCAUCAAAGUUGAAGUUGCACGAAUUGCUAGAGCAGGCGAAGCAGGAUCUCAAAGUCGACGUGAAUUAUCCAGAACUGGCGCUCGAAGUUCUGCAGCAGUUUGAUGAUUUACUAGACAUUGUGGAAAAUUUCGGUCACGAGGACGACAUAGAUGAAGGGCUGGAUAGUGACGCUGAGGACGAACUAGAAGAAGUACAAUUGUCGACCAAGCAUCCUCUUUAUCAGAUACGCAAAGAGUUGGCUGAGAAUUACGCAUUCUUACGCAAACAGUUGAAGUCGCUACUAAAGCUCGUCCCGCAAGGCACAAAACUUCAUCGUUCGAUCUCCAGAAGGUUGGGCCAGCUACAUCUCACAGCAGCUGAGAAGCCAUCCCAGGUUUUCUUGCAUUUAACUUACGAAAACGAUGAAGACGAAAAGGAAAUUGAUGGGCUAAGUGCACCAGUGGCCCAGACGGAAGCACUCAAUUUCGUCACCGAUGCUGUAAAGUAUCUCGAACACGCAAGUGAAGACGAUGAACCCCAGACCUGGGUUGAUGUCGCCGAAGCUCUUACCGAUGCUGGAAAUUUAUACGAUGCAGACUCUAAAGAACAAGAGCAGUGCUAUGCAAAGGCCGAAAAGCUCUUGAGAAAGGCAAACAAGGCUACGCAUGGGAAGUAUCAGGAUAUUCUGGAUAAUUUGCUUGCUUCGAAAGAGGAUGAUUAG